AUGCAAAAGAGUCCAGUGACCGAUAACGCCCCGUACCCACCGCACGCGUCUUUUGAAGCGCUGAGAGUCGCGCAGCGGGUUGAAGAAUGCAAGCGGAGGUGGAAGGGGCUGAGGGACUCCUAUGUAAAAUUUAAGAAGUUCCCUCCAAGUGGCUCCGGAGGAGGAAGUGAGCGUGACUGGAGGCACGAAAAGGAAAUGGCUUUUUUGAAGCCUUAUCUUAAACCAAGGAGCUCCAGGGACUCACAUGGAGACACGUCUGCAGACGACAAUGUCCAGGAGGGUGCAGAUGAGGAAGCAUCACAGCCACAAUCUCCAAACCCACAUGACACAGAAGAACGGCUCAUAAGAACCCCCCCAUCCCCACCUCACUCCAGCACAAGAACCCCCCCAUCCCCAUCACGCUCCAGCACACCGAUUGCAGACACACCUCAUUCCUCACAAGAUGUGACAGAGGCCAAACAGAGGCCGAGCUUGAGAGUGAGUGUAUGUGCAUGA